CUCGGCCCUGCAGAUGCUCGGCAACUGCGGCUGCGGGCUGGCGCUCCCACCUGGGUCCUGCCCCCCCGGCUGUCACUCCCUGCCCUACGAUGUCGCUCAGGAAGCUGGCCUCUGGCGGCGCCGCUGCCGCUGAGCCAGCCCCUGCAAAGCAAGCGGUUUUGAGCAGAUUCUUCCAGUCUGCGGGAAGCCUGAAAUCCACCUCCUCCCCUACGGGUGCGGCGGGGAAGGCGGAUCCUGACUCUGACUGCGCAGCGCCCCCAGCGUCCACCUUCUCGUCUCAGGUUGCAGAAAUUGACAGAAGUAAAAAGAGACCACUAGAGAAUGAUGGGCCUGUUACAAAGAAAGCAAAGAAAGCCCAAGAAAAGGAGGGACGAAGUGACUCAGUAAAGUCUGGAAACCCUGAGCCAAAGAAAUGUCUGAGGCCCAGGAUGGUUUUAAAGUCUCUGGAAAAACUGAGAGAAUUCUGCUGCGAUUCCGCUCUUCCUCAAAAUACAGUCCAGAGAGAGCCUCUUCAGGAGAGAUUUGCAGUUCUGCCAAAAUGUACUGACUUUGACGAUAUCAGUCUUCUGCGUGCAAAGAAUGCAGUUUCUUCUGAAGAUUCCAAACCUCAAGCUAGUCAAAAGGACAAGACACUUUCUGAUCUCAGUCAUUUUGGAUCAUCACACGGGAGUUAUGAAAACUUACAGAAAAUUUCUGAUUCUAAACCAUCUAACAAAAGGACCAAAAGCAUCUAUACGCCAUUAGAAUUACAAUAUAUAGAAAUGAAGCAGAAGCAGAAAGAUGCAAUUUUGUGUGUGGAAUGUGGAUAUAAGUAUAGAUUCUUUGGGGAAGAUGCAGAGAUUGCAGCUCGGGAGCUCAAUAUUUAUUGCCAUUUAGAUCACAACUUUAUGACAGCAAGCAUACCUACUCACAGACUGUUCGUUCACGUACGCCGCCUUGUGUCAAAGGGAUAUAAGGUAGGAGUUGUGAAGCAAACUGAAACAGCAGCUUUAAAGGCCAUUGGGGACAACAAAAGUUCACUCUUUUCCCGGAAAUUGACUGCUCUUUAUACAAAAUCUACGCUUAUUGGAGAAGAUGUGAAUCCUUUAGUCAAGCUGGAUGAUGCUAUAAAUGUCGAUGAGAUAAUGACUGAUACUUCUACCAGCUAUCUUCUGUGUAUCUGCGAAAAUAAGGAGAAUGUUAAAGACAAAAAAAAGGGGAACACUUUCAUUGGAGUUGUGGGAGUGCAGCCCGCCACCGGUGAGAUUGUGUUUGACAGUUUCCAGGACUCAGCUUCCCGUUCAGAGCUAGAAACUCGGAUACUGUGCCUGCAGCCGGUGGAGCUGCUGCUUCCAACACACUUAUCAGAGCAAACGGAGAUGCUUAUCCAUAGAGUCACAGCUGUUAGUGUUCGGGAUGACAGAAUUCGAGUAGAAAGGAUGGAUAACAUGUUUUUUGAAUACAGCCAUGCUUUCCAGGUGGUUACAGAGUUUUAUGCAAAAGAUGUAGUUGACGUCAAAGGUUCUCAAAGUUUUUCUGGCAUCAUUAACUUGGAGAAGCCUGUGAUUUGCUCUUUGGCUGCCAUAAUAAGAUACCUGAAAGAAUUUAACUUGGAAAAGGUGCUUUCCAAACCCAAGAAUUUUAAACAGUUGUCAGGUGAAAUGGAAUUUAUGACAAUUAGCGGAACAACAUUAAGGAAUCUUGAAAUCCUACAGAAUCAGACUGAUAUGAAAACCAAAGGAAGUUUAUUUUGGGUUUUAGACCAUACUAAAACUUCAUUUGGGAGACGGAAGUUAAAGAAGUGGGUGACCCAGCCACUCCUUAAAUUAAGGGAAGUGAAUGCUCGGCUUGAUGCUGUGUCUGAAGUUCUCCAUUCAGAAUCCAGUGUGUUCGGUCAGAUAGAAAAUCAUCUACGUAAAUUGCCUGACAUAGAGAGAGGACUCUGUAGCAUUUAUCACAAAAAAUGUUCUACCCAAGAGUUCUUCUUGAUUGUCAAAACCCUUUAUCACCUGAAGUCAGAAUUUCAAGCAUUAAUACCUGCUGUUAAUUCCCACGUUCAGUCAGAUUUGCUCCAGACAUUUAUUUUAGAAAUUCCUGAACUCCUCAGUCCAGUGGAGCAUUACUUAAAGAUACUUAAUGAACAAGCUGCCAAAAUUGGAGAUAAAACUGAAUUAUUCAAAGACCUUUCUGACUUCCCUUUAAUAAAAAAGAGGAAGGAUGAAAUUCAAGGGGUUACUGACAAGAUCCAAAUACAUUUGCAAGAAAUACGAAAAAUACUAAAAAAUCCUUCUCUACAGUAUGUGACAGUAUCAGGACAGGAGUUUAUGAUUGAAAUAAAGAACUCUGCUGUAUAUUGUAUACCGGCUGAUUGGGUUAAGGUUGGAAGCACAAAAGCUGUGAGCCGCUUUCACUCUCCUUUUAUUGUAGAAAAUUACAGACAUCUGAAUCAGCUCCGGGAGCAGCUAGUCCUUGACUGCAACGCUGAAUGGCUUGAUUUUCUAGAGAAUUUCGGUGAACAUUAUCAUUCUUUGUGUAAAGCAGUACAUCACCUAGCAACUGUUGAUUGCAUUUUCUCACUGGCCAAAGUCGCUAAGCAAGGAGAUUACUGCCGACCAACCGUACAAGAAGAAAGGAAAAUCGUAAUAAAAAAUGGCCGGCAUCCUGUGAUUGACGUGUUACUUGGAGAACAGGACCAGUAUGUUCCCAAUAGUACAAAUUUAUCAUACAUUCAGAUGUUCUGUGAAAGAAUCAGAGAUGCUUCGGCUGAUUUCAUUGAUGAGAAUUUUUGUCAUGUGGGCUAG